AAUGACUUCAUGGAUAUUUGGAUAUGAUUGCGGAUCAAUUCAAAAAAAUGGUUAUAAGUCUUUUCCUUGUGAUUUUUCCAUCUUUAAUCAGGUUAUUUGCGAAUCGAGAGUGGGCGCUUUACAUAACUAUAAUCUUAGUCAAUAUGACGUUCUAAAUACGCCGAAUUUUAAGGAAUGUCCCAAAAAUACUUUCCUAUGCAAACCAGAAUUGAUAUGCAUCAGUCUAAUGAAUGUAUGCAAUCAAAGAAUAGAUUGUCCUAGCGGAAAUGACGAAUUAAAUUGUAAAGAUAUAAAUACUUUCAUUUGCGAUUCCGGAGAAGAGAUAAAUACAAAUCUAAUUUGCAAUUAUAUUCCCGAUUGUAAAGAUGCCAGCGAUGAAAGGAAUUGCCAGAAAACUUGCACACGAGUUAAAAACUUUCAAUGCAAAAAUGGACAAUGUAUUGAUAGUGUUAAAGUAUGUAAUCGGGAAAAGAAUUGUAUUGAUGGAUCCGAUGAACAGUGUACAGAUAUUUGCGAAUCAACUUAUUGUGAUGGAAGAUGUUUAAGAGAAGAUGAAUUCUGUGAUUUAAGAAUGAUGUGUAAAGGUUUCCCUCCCCAAGACGAAAAUCCUGAUAUAUGUGUGUCAAAAAUCUUUCAGACCGAAACAACAAAGCAAAAACGUGAUCUAUGCAAAAUGGAAGAUAUAAGAUAUUUAUUAUCAAAACUUCAUACUUCUUCACAAGAUUAUAACAAGACUAACUGUAGAUUAGAAUAUGAUACUACAGGAUUCUUACGAACUAAAACACAAUUUCCAUUUCAACAAUUAGAGAAUUGUGUGAACCAGAAAUGCGAUUUAUAUAGUUACAAAUGCAAAUUUAAAGGUUAUUGCAUUCCUCUGUCGUUAAUUUGCGAUGGUAUAGUUCAUUGUAUACACGGAGACGAUGAAGAGAAUUGCGGUAGGUACUAG